AUGCCUGACGCCAAAGAAGAGGGCGACAUCCCUCUCCCCAAAAAGUCUCGAUCAUGGCUUUCACGCCUCAAUCCCCUCAAGCGCAGUCGGCCACCUCCGAUUCCCGAUGAGAGAGCGGAAUCGCCAGAGCAUGGCGCUAAUCUCCUGAGCAUUAUUACUUGGUGGUGGAUGAAUCAUGUCAUGUUUGUUGGUUACCAGCGGCCACUGGAAGAACUAGAUCUUCCUCGAGUAAAUCCAAAACGCUCCAUUGCCGUCAUAACUCCAGCUUUGAACCAGAAUUUCCAAAAGAGGGUCAAAGCAGGCUCUAAACGUGCCCUUCUUGCGGCGAUUUGGGAUACUUUCCGCUUCGAAAUCGUCCUGGGCGGUAUAAGCUGUCUCGUGGGUGGAGUGACGCAGAUGAUAUUACCAUUCCUCUUAAAAUAUCUCAUUGCUUAUGCGACAGAGGCAUAUGAAGCACAUGCUGCGGGAACACCAGCCCCUGAUAUAGGUACAGGUCUCGGCUGGGUUUUUGGCUUAUCCGCCAUGCAAAUCCUGGUUAGUAUGGGCAACAAUCAAUUUUUUUACCGAGGAAUGGUUGUCGGUGGUCAAAUUCGAGCUGCCCUUAUUUCACUCAUCUUCGCCAAGGCCAUGACCAUCUCUGGACGUGCGAAAUCUGGCUGGAAACCGCCCAAAACACCUCCUGCGGACAUCGCUCCCGGCAGUGAGGAAGAAAAAGCCUGGUAUGCCGAACAGUUGGGGGAGGAGGAGGCUAAUUCGAGCACGCAAGGUUGGAGCAACGGCCGAAUUAUCAACCUCAUGUCAACCGAUACGAACCGUAUUGACAAGUGUUGCGGCUGGUUUCACUUCGCCUGGUGUAUCCCUAUUACCGUUCUGAUCACAAUAGCCCUCCUUCUGGUCAAUCUAACAUACAGUGCCGUACCCGGUAUUGUUCUUUUCUUGCUGUCAACCCCUCUCAUGGCGUUCGGUGUGCGGAUCAUGUUCAAGACUCGCUUCAGAAUCAACAAACUCACUGAUCAGAGAGUCAGUCUGACGCAGGAAGUUCUUCAAUCCAUCCGCUUUGUCAAAUAUUACGCCUGGGAGUCGGACUUUUUGGAUCGUAUCUCGAAAAUUCGAAGUGACGAGAUUCGUGGCGUGCGCGUCAUGUUCAUGAUCAGAAAUCUCAUGACCGCAAUCGGUACCUCCAUUCCCAUGUUCGCAUCCAUGUUGGCUUUCAUCACAUUUUCCUACACACACCAUGCGCUGGAACCUGCGUCUGUGUUCUCCUCGCUCUCCCUCUUCAAUGGUCUUCGGCUUCCAGUUAUGUUGCUGCCUAUGGUUCUAGCAUUGGUUUCGGAUGCUUCUUCGGCUAUAGACAGAAUCGAGGAAUUUUUACUCGCUGAAGACGCACAGCCCGAUAUGCAACCGACAGUUGCCUUCAAUGAAACAAAUGCUCUGUCCCUAGUAGAUGCAGAGUUCAUAUGGGAGAGCGCCGUUGAAGCCAAUACAGAUACCCCGGGAGCUGCCAAAAACACAAAAGAGACAAAGAAAAAGGGCAUGAAUGAGAAAAAGGAGGCAAAGAAGGAUAAAAAGAAGGAGAAGGAGAAAGAGAAAACAGAUACCAAGGCCUUGGAAACAAGCGAAAACUCCAGUGAGGUAACCUCGACAGACGAUCCCAAACAGCAGUCCAAUGAAGGCACGCCUUUCAAGAUUCGCGACCUAAACAUCCAAGUUGCACAUGGCGAGUUUCUAGGUGUUGUAGGAGGUGUAGGUUCCGGCAAAACGUCUUUCCUGGCAGCCCUAGCUGGCGACAUGCGAAAGGUGAAUGGAGAGGCCUCUGUUGGCGGAUCGAAAGCAUAUUGUCCUCAGAAUGCAUGGAUUCAGAAUGCCACCGUAGAAGAAAACAUCCUUUUCGGUCAGGAGCUCGACGAGGAAAAGUUUAAAAGGGUGGUUGAUGCCUGCUCUCUCCGCCAUGACCUAGAAGUUCUUCCUAAUGGUCGCUACACUCAGAUUGGUGAGCGAGGUAUCAACGUUUCGGGAGGACAAAAGGCACGUAUCAGUUUGGCUCGGGCUAUCUAUUCCGACGCCGAUAUAAUUCUCCUGGACGACCCCCUUUCAGCUGUCGAUGCGCAUGUUGGCCGGAAUAUCAUGGACAACGCUCUGUGCGGAUUGCUCAAGGAUAAAGCUCGAGUUCUCGCUACUCAUCAGCUUCAUGUUCUUCACAAUUGCGACAGAAUUAUUAUGAUGGAAGACGGAUUGGUAGCCGCAAAUGACACGUUUGAAAAUCUUGUUGCGAACAAUGACAGAUUCAAAGAGAUGAUGGCAACGGUGAAUAAAGACCAGCAGGAAGAGGAGGAAGAAGAAGAAGAAGAAGAAGCUGAAGCCCCAGCUGCGAAGGAGGAAAGUGUCCAAAAAGUUGCAUCUAUUGCGAAACAACAACGGCCACAGAAUGAUCUGAUACAAGAGGAAUCGGACGGGACGGGGGCAUCUGGCAACAUAUAUCUAAGAUACUAUGCUGUCGCAGGCUCCGUGCUCUUUCUUCCACUUAUCGUGCUGUUAUUGAUUUUGUCGCAGGGUGGCAGUAUAGUUACUAACUUGUGGCUGUCUUGGUGGACAUCCGACAAGUUCGGCUACUCUACUGCAGACUACGUUGGUGUUUACGUCGGCCUCGGUAUUGGCCAAGCCAUACUACUCUUCUUCUAUUCGACAGCACUCUCCUACACAGGCACUCGAGCAAGUAGACUCCUGCUGAAAUUCGCCAUUCGUCGAGUUCUGCGUGCACCAAUAUCCUUCUUUGAUACUACACCUCUUGGCCGAAUCAUGAACCGGUUCUCCAAGGACGUCGAUACCUUGGAUAAUAAUAUGACUGACUCGAUGCGACUUGCCACUAUGACAAUGGCUCAGAUUAUCGGUAUCUUCAUUCUCAUUAUUGCUUAUUACUACUACUUCGCGGCUGCUCUUGGGCCCUUGGUCGUGAUUUAUAUAGGACUCGCUAUGUUUUAUAGCUCAUCGGGAAAUCAAAUUCAGAAGCACGAGUCUCGCCUCCGAGGGCGUCUUUUUGCACGUUUCAACGAAGCCAUUUAUGGCAUAGCAACGAUUCGGGCGUAUGGACGGGCGGAUUCGUUCAUUGAGUCUAUCAACAAUGCUAUCGAUGACACGGACAGCGCAUACUUUUUAACAUUUGGCAAUCAGCGUUGGCUUGGUGUUCGAAUUGAUGCCCUUGGUGUCAUUCUGGUAUUUGUUACCGAGAUCCUGGUAGUGACCUCGCGGUUCAACGUUUCUCCCAGUAUUAGUGGUCUUGUCUUGUCAUACCUCCUAUCCAGUGUCCAGAUGCUUCAGAUGACGGUGCGACAGGCAGCUGAUGUCAAUAACAACAUGAACUCGGUUGAGAGAAUUGACUAUUAUGGAAGAGAUAUCGAGCAGGAAGCUCCUGCUCAUACUAUCGACACUCCGAAGGAAUGGCCCAGCAAGGGAGAGGUCAUUUUUCAGAAUGCGCAUCUCAGAUAUCGCCCGGGCUUGCCAUAUGCAUUGCAACAAUUCAAUUUGCAUAUCCAGCCUGGUGAACGAAUCGGAAUCGUUGGCCGCACUGGUGCGGGCAAAUCCACCAUUAUCAUGGCACUCUACCGAAUGGUCGAGCUCUCGGUGGGCAGUAUUACUCUAGACGGCAUAGACAUCAGCACCAUAGGGUUAAAUGAUUUGCGAUCCAACAUGUCCAUCAUUCCACAAGACCCGACCCUUUUCGCGGGCACGGUCCGAUCGAACCUCGAUCCCUUCAACACUCGCACAGACCUAGAGCUCUGGUCUGCUCUCAAGCAAGCACAUCUCGUCGACGACAACAGUGACAGUAACAAAGAAACCGGCAAUCAAAACACCACUCAACUCACGCUAGAUUCAUUAGUCGACGAAGGCGGCAACAACUUCUCCCUCGGUCAGCGCCAAUUGCUAGCGUUAGCGCGCGCCCUCGUCCGCAACAGUAAAAUCACCAUCUGCGACGAAGCCACCAGCUCGAUUGACUUUGAGACGGAUCUCAAGAUCCAAAAAGCGAUGUCAGAUGGAUUCAAGGGCCGAACUUUGUUGUGUAUUGCGCACAGGCUGAAGACGAUUAUCGGCUAUGAUCGUAUCUGUGUCAUGGACCAUGGAAGAGUAGCUGAGGUCGCUUCUCCGUUGGAAUUGUUUGAUGCAGAUGGUAUCUUCAGGAACAUAUAUUAG